AAAAGCGUGUUUUGUUUCUUGUGGUCAAGAGCUAACUAUUUGUUAAAGGAGUGCAGUUUAUCCGUCAGUUCCCCUCAGAGUGUCUUUCAAAAACGAAACCGAGAUUGAAAGUUGCCUGGAUGAUUCACUCUUACAAUGAACGCGUGCCAUUUGUUAAUAGUUUUAUUGCUAGUGUCUAAUAUAACAUCAUCUUCAGGUGUUCUGGAUGUGUUCGCGGCUGUCGCAUCUUAUGUGUUUAACACAUUUUUUGACCGGGACGAUUUGCUGCCCUUUGAUCCUAAACGUUUGGAGAAAGAUUUAAGAGACUCUCUCUUUGGGCAGCACAUUGUGUAUGAUGUUGUACUGAAAGCUGUAACAUCAUUUAUGACUGACAGCAACCCGAACAAACCGCUGGUCCUCUCUUUCCAUGGGACUGCAGGAGUUGGGAAAAAUCAUGUUGCUAAAAUCAUUGCGAAAAACAUUUACGAAAAUGGGAUAGAAAGCCACCAUGUUCACAUGUAUAUAUCUGAGUAUCAUUUUCCACACAAAGUAAUGUCAGACUUAUACAAAGCACAGUUAAAGGCGGAGAUUUAUAAAAGUGUUUCAAGUUUCCCCCGCUCCAUGUUCAUUUUUGAUGAAAUGGACAAGAUGCAACCACAGCUGAUCGAUGUCAUAAAACCUUUUCUAGACUACGAAGCCAAUAUAGAUGGAGUGUCAUUCCGCAAUGCAAUCUUCAUUUUUCUUAGUAAUGCAGGUGGGAAUGUGAUUGCUGAAGUAGCUCUGGAUUCCUGGAGAGAAGGCAUAUGUCGGGAAGAGCUUUGGAUGAACAGCAAGGAACUGGAGACUAAAAUCUUUAGAAACAUUUUCAGUGAUGAGAACAGUGGAUUUCUGCACUCCAGUAUCAUAGAUGAGCAUCUGAUUGAUCACUAUAUUCCUUUCCUGCCUCUAAUGCUGAAGCAUGUGCGUCAGUGUGUCAUGGCUGAGAUGCGCCAUCUGAAUAUCAAACCAAACUAUGAUCUGGCAGAUAAAGUAGCCAGAGACAUGCCCUUCUUUCCUGAAAAAGAGAGAAUAUUUUCUGCUAAAGGCUGCAAGUCUGUCAGACAGAAGUUGGUGCUAUAUGACAAUUAAUAAUGAAAAACUUUAGCAGCAUUGUUGUCCAGUUUAUCGUUAACACACUGUUGCUCAGAAAUUAUAUAUGACCUUAAUCUCUCCUUUGUAUUAACUUAUUAAUAUUUCAGUCUUGAUGAGUUACACUGCUAGGAGUCUGGGUUGGAGGCACUAUCAUAUUAAACAUUUUAAUCUAGACCUAUGUCCAGUCUGUUUACCUUUUAAAUUCAUGUUUUUAAUUCUUACCUGAUUUUGGAAGUAACUUCAUGACAAAAAGCCAUGAUUAUACCAUCUUAAAUGUUUGUUAGUAUAAUGAAAUACCAUGAAAGAGCUCAGGGAAUGAGAGAGAGAGAUUAAGGAUGUUUUUGUGUGUGUGUUUGUGUGAAUCUGUAAAUCUCUGAUAAUAUUAUAUUAGGGGUGUCAUUAGACUCUUUUAUGAAAUACUGAUGAGACCCAGUAAAAUAAUACUGAUAAAUCCUUAUGUGUCGAAUGUACAACUAACUGACCGACGUAUUGACAAAUUUAUUUAAAAAAAAAAAAAAAGAUUUCUAGCAAGAUAUGAGUACUGUAGUAUUUAAAUAGGCCUAUUCACUUACUUACACCAAAGGUCUGUCUUUUGUUGUAGAUCAUUAAACUAUUAUGUUGCCAAAGAAGCCUGUCUAAAAUCAGUUUCGGGAGGUACCUUGUGCGUAAACACUGCAUGCAAAGUCACUGCCAGUGAGGCAACAAGUCAGGUUUAUUACACAACAUAUGUCAUUGUAUGUUGGUGAUGAGAGCCUUAGGCCACUAGUAUUUUCACCAGCUAAAAAUUAGAUUUUUGCUUGCACGAGGAGUAUGACAACAGCCAGUGCUCCACACAGAGAUCUUUCAUCAUCCAGUCUGUCUUGAAUGACAUGAAGAAACAGAACAAACUGAGACACACUAAAUCCAGAAGAAUUGUGGCAACAUAUCCAAUAUGCUUAAAGAAACCUAACUGCAAAGCUACCUGAAAAACGUCUCAGGUUACAUAUGUAACCAUGUUUUCCUGAGAAGGGAACCAGACACUGCACCCUCUAGCGGUCGCUAUGGGGAACGCCUUCAGUGUGACAGGUGUCUGAAGCAUACAUCUAAUCACGACAAUAACAUUGGCUGGCGACAGCCAGAAGUCAUUACUGGCGUGACCACAGUAUAAAAGGGCACAGGGAGAAUGCAUCAUCUGCUUCUUCGUCUAAAGCUUGCGUCCGAAGCAUGGCGAGGCUUCUAGACGAGGAUGCAGUGUCUCGUUCCCUUCUCAGGAAACCAUGGUUACAUAUGUAACAUGAGACAUUCCCUUCUGAUGGAACUUCAAACUGUGUCCUGUAGCGGUUGCUAUGGGAAAAGGUAUAACCACGCUGCCCUGCUGAGGAGAGUGCAUGCAAAGCAC